UAUAUUUCUUAUCGGUUCGACCAUCAAACAUUUCUUAAAUUUGGUGAAACAGCUGCUUUCAACAUUAUUAUUGCGUGAAAAAACAAAUUAUUUUUCCCACCGUUUUGUAUUUAAAUUAAACAAGUUAUCUUUAAUUCCUAAAAAUUAGCAAGGGUAAGCUGCCAUGGCCGAUCAAAAGACGACGGAUUUGCUAUGGAAAUGCGCUUCCAAACUGACCGACCAAUCCCACACAGAAAGGAUUCUCAAGUCUUAUUACAUAACCACCUGCCGAAAGCUGGCCCGAAACAGUGUGCAGUUGCCCGAGGAUAGCUUUGGAACUGCACGCAUGUGCUCCCGCUGCGGCAACCAGUGGGCCGACGGACGCUACCAACUCCAGCUCCAGCCGCAAAAGCUGAGGCAGAGGGCCAAUCACCGGAGACUCAUCGCUCAGCUGGAAACCGUGAAGGCCAAACAGAUUAAGGGCGAGAUGAGCUAUGGGGCCAGGAAACGGGCCACGUGGCUGAAGAAGCGCAUGGCCAGCCAAAUGGCCGUGGACUGCGACUUUUGCCGGCACAAGACAAUGCUGCCGUUGGAGAAGGGCCGAAAGCGCGCCAAACUAAAAGCCACGGAGGAAACAAUGCCAGCCAAAGAACCUGCGGCAGCGAGCAAAAGCAAAAAGAAAACCAAAAAGAAUAAGUCCCAGGCGCCGAAUAAAGAUAUCAAUGCAGGCUUGAAAAUUCCGCAGCAGCAAAAAACAGCCCAACAGCAACAACAUCUUGCCAAAUCGCCAGCGCCGUCGAAAAAACAUUCCCAACCAGUUGGAAUAGCUUCCCAAAACCCCAGUCAGCAGUCGAAAAAUAAAAAGAAGAAGCCAGCCCAGCCGACGCCCGCCGCUGCCAAAACGCAGUCCAAGACCCAGAAGCAAAACGCACUGCUGCAACUGGCCGCCCAGCUGAAAGCGAACGCGUUUAAAGACGCCAGCAAAUCGCAGCAGAACCGCCUGCAAGCGUUCCUCAAGUAGCGGGUAAAAUCGCUACGACGAUGCAUUAAAGUACAAAGAUUGUGGUUCGGCUGAAUGAAAAUACUUGUUGUGGCACAUAAUUAAGCGUUAGCACAAUACUAGAAUCAGGCUCUUUGUGCCGGUUGAUAAAGCCAGCCCAGGUGGGAACCUGUUAUCCAGCCGCCCGGUCUUCUGGGUCGAGUCACGCAACGGCUAUGCACUUAUCAAUGCUGCCCGAGACGCGACCCAAGGUUGUCCAGAUAUUGCGCAGCCAACAUGGCCAGCAUGCUUAAUUUAUUUCUCCGAUCGCAACGUUUAAUUAAAAUUGAGUUGUUUGCCAUAGCGUCUCGUGAACGCGUCCUUCAAAGCUGCUCCCAAAAAGGGCACCCGACUCUCGGACCCUCGGACAGCCCGCUUUAUCUGCCGCCAAUUGCACAAAGAGCACACGCACAGGAGAAGGCUCCGGUCCCAGAUUGGCUUUGACUUCGGCUUCCCUCUCCUUGCGAAGAAGACUCUCGGAUUUCUCGGCAGCUGCAGCAACAACAUCUGCCUGCCACAUUAGAAGAUUUCUGGUUUUACAGUCCAGCCUCUCUAACUCGAACCACUCAAGCCAUGUUCAAAAUGCCUGCUAGGAAAUUAAAGUUUUCAUUUUAAAAAUGUAAGC